UUUUUUUCUUUUCUUUUUCUUUAUUUCCACACAUAGACUUAUUAUUAUUAGUAUUAUUAUUAGUGUAUUACUUUAUAGAACUAUAUUUUGUAAUAUUUUAUUCUUAUUUGUAUAUUCAACCAUUAAUAUCAAUACCUUUUUAUUUAUUCCAAACUCAUCUUUUAUAUUUUCAAUACAAAUGCCUUUACGAUUCCUAUCAACUCUUGUUUCGUCCUUAUUACGACGUUCCAACUCUAACGAUUGUAUAGAUCCUAUAGACUCACACUCGACUCAAAAACCACCAUCAACAAACUCAAUUACUUUCAGUUCAACUGUUACCAUUCAAAACUUAUUCUCUUCAAAGAAAUCAGAUGAUAAUAUAGAUACAACCACGAUCUCUUCUUUUGGUAACCAUGAUACUAAAAACUGGCUAGCACAUCAAGAACAACUUUCUUAUUGGCAACAACAGUCUUCUGUCUUUGAAAAAGAACCUUUAACAAGGAACGUCAACGAUUAUACGCUAUUAGAUACUUUAGGUACUGGUACAUUUGGACGUGUGUAUCUUGCAAAAGAACAAACUCAAAACAAGGUAUAUGCAAUUAAAGUAUUGAAAAAGGCAGACGUAGUCCGGCUUAAACAAGUAGAACAUAUCAAUUCUGAACGAUAUGUCCUAUCUCGUGUACAUUUCCCAUUUAUUGUUCAAUUACAUUGUACAUUUCAAGAUCAACAAUGCCUUUAUAUGGUUCAAGAAUAUGUAUUGGGUGGUGAACUAUUUAGACAUUUACGAAGGGCUGGUCGUUUUGGAAAUGAUACUACUCGAUUCUAUGCUGCUGAAAUCGUAUUGGCUAUUGAAUAUCUACAUUCAAAAGAUAUCAUUUAUAGGGAUCUUAAACCAGAAAAUUUAUUAUUGGAUCGGGAAGGACAUAUUAAGAUUACGGAUUUUGGAUUUGCAAAAAAGGUAACCGAUCGUACAUGGACAUUGUGUGGAACACCUGAAUAUCUUGCACCAGAGGUAAUUCAAUCUAAAGGUCAUGGUAAAGCAGUGGAUUGGUGGUCUUUGGGAAUCUUGAUUUUUGAAAUGUUAGCAGGUUAUCCUCCUUUCUAUGAUGAUAAUCAUUUUGGUAUUUAUGAACGCAUUCUCGGUGGUAAGGUACAAUAUCCUGGUUAUUUGGAAACUUCGGCAAAGGAUUUAUUGAAACGACUAUUGGUGAUUGAUCGAACUCGAAGACUCGGUAACUUGAAAGGUGGUGCUGAUGAUAUUAAGAUGCACAAAUGGUUUCGUGGUACUGAUUGGCUUGGAUUACUAAAGAAAUCUGCAAGGGCCCCGUUUAUUCCUGCCUAUUCAAGUGAUCAAGACACGAGUAACUUUGAAAAGUAUCCUGCGGAGGCCGAACAUGUAUUAUCUGAUAUCAAUGAAGACCCUUACAAAUCUCUCUUUGCUGAUUUUUGAAUUUGGUUUUACAAUAUCCCUGGUUACCCCACCCCCUUUAUUUUUAAAGUUUUCACUAUUACUUAUAUAUAUAUAUACAUUUACAUACGUUUAUCAUAGACACCCACACUCUCUCAUAUACUCAUACAUAUACAAACGAUAUAUACACAUUCUCAUUUUAUACCAUUUGACCUUUUUUUUCUUUUUCUUAUUGUGAAUAAAAAUGUGAUGACAGACCUUUUUUUUUUUUUUUUUGAGAAAUACAAUCGAC